AAUCAUGUACUGAUUGUCGCAGCAAGCUAUCUUGUCACAAAGUUGCACCGCCUACGACUACAAACGGAAUAUUGUUCUACAGUAGCCUACUUCUUGCCUAUUAUUGUCUUGUCAUCCGCAACGGAAUUGCAAUUUUAGUUGACAGCGGUACAUUGCGUCUCUCUGUGGAUUGGGCACAUUGGCGAGAAAAGAAAACCUGGAUUUGCACAUACGCAAUUUACGCACUGUCAUUCAAGGGGACAUCGAAUACUUCCAACGUUGUUAUCCUGAGCCCUCAUGGCAAGCCCAAAAGCCUUUCACAUAAAUAGCCCGUUUUUGGAGAGCAUAGACAUGUCAAAACGGACGGGGACCGAAGUGUAUUUAAAAAUGGAAAGUUCCCAACCAUCCGGUUCAUUCAAAAUCCGUGGUAUCGGACACCUGUGCCAAAAGAUUGCAGGACCAGAGUCCAAAGGAGUUGUUUGCUCUUCAGGUGGCAACGCUGGGAUGGCCACAGCCUAUGUGGCACGUAAACUAAACAUUCCAGCAACUAUCAUUGUGCCUUCAUCCUCUCCUGAGCUGAUUAGGGAGAAGCUAAAGGACCAGGGAGCCACGGUCAGAGUAGUCGGCAAGGUGUGGGAUGAUGCCAAUGAUGAAGCCCUGCGUCUGACCCAGACUGAUGGUCUGACCUAUGUCCCACCCUUUGACCAUCCUCUGCUCUGGCAAGGCCAUGCCAGUAUUGUGAGAGAGAUCAAGGCCUCUCUUCCAUCCAAGCCUGGGGCUGUAGUUUUAUCUGUGGGGGGAGGAGGGCUGCUCUGUGGGGUGGUGGAGGGCAUGAAGGAAGUGGGCUGGGCCAGUGUGCCCAUCAUCUGCAUGGAGACUGAGGGAGCAGACUGUUUUAACGCAGCAGUAAAGGCUGGCAAGAUAGUCACCCUCCCUGACAUCACUAGUGAGGCCAAGUGUCUGGGUUCGAAGACGGUGUGCAGCCAGGCCUUUGAGUACAUUAAGGAGGGCAACAUGAACAUCAUAUCAGAGCUGGUCACUGACCAGCAGGCCUUGCAAGCAGUGGAGACCUUCCUGGACGAGGAGCGUGUGCUGGUGGAGCUGGCCUGUGGGGCUGCGUUAGCGGCUGUGUACUGUGGUGUCAUCCAGAGACUGCAGGGUGAGGGCCGGCUGCCUGUUCCCCUAGCAGGACCCCUCGUCAUGAUUGUCUGUGGAGGGAGCAGCAUCAACCAGGCACAGCUGGAACAUCUCAGGAAGGUCCUCAACAGAUGAACACAGAACAUGGAGCUCCUAGGCUGAGUCUCAAAUGUCACCCUAUUCUCUAUACAGUUUCACAAUGUUGACUAAUGCUGCCUCUAAUUUCCCUGCUUUGCAAUCAGUGUCACAUUUGGAAAAUCUCUGACAACCUUUUAUGUCUCAUAGAAUAAAAUCUGAUAUACAAUUCAGUAGUGGUUAUUAUCUGUACAUGUAAUGCUUUGUUCAAAUGCAGUUACUAUUUGUUACCAGCAGGUGGUACUCCUUGUUGAGAAUUCCAACCAAAAGACCAGUGGACUUGGUAGGCUAUAUUAAGAAGACAACCGUUGUUGUCAUUCUGUUUCUAUCGGCUAUAAGCAUGUAUUUUCUGGUAUUCCAUUGUUUAUUUGAUAUACAUUAAGGCUACUAUUUUGUUUAAGCUGACAUGGUUGAUGAGACAGUCUUAACCCAACAUGGCUACCUUUAACAGAUAUCAGUAGAAGCCUUAUAAAAUCUAUCAUAUAAUAAUCUAAAAUAGUAAUGAAAAAGCAGAGACAGGUUAAAGAAGGAUUUUUAAGCCUUGAGACAAUUGAGACAUAGAUUGUGUGUGUGCCAUACAAUGGGCAAGACAAAAUAUUUCAGUGCCUUUGAACUGGUAGUAGGUGCCAGGUGCACUGGUUUGAGUGUGUCAAAAACUGCAAAGCUACUGGGUUUUUCACGCUCAACAGUUUCUCGUGUGUACCAAGAAUGGUCCACCACCCAAAGGGCAUCCAGACAACUUGACACAACUGUGGGACACAAUGUCUGUGAGUUAGACACCAUCUCCCAAGCUACAGGGUCAUAAGAAGCACCACAGAAUGGAAUAGCACCAUUGCUUAUGUGAGUUUAUUGAAUGUGACAGGUUUACCUCACACUUAUGAAGCAGUUCACCAAGGCACUAGGUCAGUCACAGUUCUACCAGGCCUUUCCAGGAAGAGAGUUGAUUUACAAAUUUAAGUAUGAUUUCCCAGCAUGACUAUAACAAUUCAAGAUUAUAGUAAAACAUUUAGUUUAAAAAAGUAAUAAAAUAAAGUAAGGUACUUUUCCUCUUUUUGGACACUGAUAUGUUGUAAAUGACAGUCAUUGAGAUCCACUAUGAAGAUGUGAUUAAGCUUUAAUUUCUUUGAAAUGCAUUUUAAUGACUAUUGUCAUAGUCUAUUAUCCCUCCCCCAGGGGAUGGAGUCUUAAAGGAUAAUCUGAGACCAGAUCAGAGACAUUAGAGGAUUGAUUCCCCACCUCCCUUAAGAGGACAUCUUCCCUCAUAUUCGCUGAGGUUGUAUCCCAAAUUACACCCUAUUCCCUAUAUAGUGUAUUAUUUUUAUGGCCAAAAGUAGUGCACUAUAUAAAGAAUAAGGUGCCACUUGAGAAGCAGCCUCAGCUAUCAAUGAUGAUUCCUUCCAGACAAGGAAAGUACAGGCUGGUACAAUAUUAGGUAUAGACAUUGGCAUACUAACUUCUUUCUUUACUGUAAUGUAGUUAAAGGAAGUAACGCUGUAAGCAGUUUUCAUUGAAAACUAUCACACGUGUAGCCUUUUAAGUGAAAAUACACAAAUGUGUUAGUAAUGUUUAGUGUGGAUGAAAUACAUGUAUGUUUGAGAUAUGAAAGAUUUAAGAGCGGGAGCAAAGAGCUGCAUAGUUUGCCUGUCUGCUAAAUAAUGUUUCUUUGUUCUGUUCGCUAGGUCUAUAAUACAGUAGACUAGUUUAUGGAAAUAGUGUUGCAGUCCCAACUUUAUUCAUCCCAGUCAUUUUUAAACAAAGCAUGACAUAUUAUCCAUCAUUUUGUGUGCAGGUAGGAGCGCCAAGCUCAGAGCCACUGAUGGGGCGGGUACUGAACCAAUCAUUAAUCCUCCAUCAAUCACAACCUUUGAUGUUUAGAUGUAAGUGUGUAGGCAAGGCUUGAUGGGUUUUUCCUUUGGUUUAAAACUAUAAAUCAAGUGCUGGAAAUCAAAACUUUGUAAAAUAAACAUUUGUUUCACUUGC